CUUCCCCUCCUCCUCCUCUUCUUUAAGGAGAUAGAAAUUAAAGAAGAUUUACCUUUUGGGCAGUACGAUAAUUUAACCUUCUCUUAUCUUUGCCUACCACUUGCACCACUCGAUUCGUACAAAGCCCUCAGGUAUAAAGAGGGGAGGCCAAACCCAUGGAGGAGCUGAUUAUGAGCCAUUUGUUGCUUAGUUUAUGGCAAUAGCAGCAGCAGCAACCAUGAGCAACGACCCCAACGAUAAUAACAAUAACGACGACCACAACAACAGCAGCAGCAGCAGCAAGGAUGACCACGAACACGACAUGGUCAUGCCUGGCUUUCGCUUCCACCCUACCGAGGAAGAACUUGUAGAGUUCUACCUUCGCCGUAAGGUUGAGGGCAAGCGCUUCAAUGUUGAACUCAUUACUUUUCUUGAUCUAUAUCGCUAUGACCCGUGGGAGCUUCCUGCCUUGGCAGCAAUUGGGGAGAAGGAAUGGUUCUUCUACGUGCCCAGAGACCGAAAGUACAGAAACGGGGAUCGACCAAACCGUGUUACUACUUCUGGCUACUGGAAAGCAACAGGAGCUGACCGCAUGAUUCGAGCAGAGAACUCUCGAUCAAUUGGCCUCAAGAAAACCCUAGUCUUCUACUCCGGAAAAGCUCCGAAAGGCAUCCGCACCAGUUGGAUUAUGAACGAGUAUCGUUUACCUCAGCACGAAACUGAGCGUUACCAAAAGGCUGAAAUAUCUCUUUGCCGCGUCUAUAAGAGAGCUGGAGUGGAAGAUCACCCCUCGCUCCCUCGUUGUCUUCCAACCAGGCCAUCCGCCUCAUUAAGAGGGCAGCAGUCGGGCAAGAAAUAUCCCCACGAUGCUGCUCAACAAGCCAUGGAAAGGUUUCAAGGUUUUGGAGGACAAUCACAACAAAUGGAGAUUGAAAAGAUUAGUGAAACUGAUGGAAGCAGUAGUAGUACUUCCGAUGUUACAACAGCUCUCGGACUUUCCAAGCAGAAUGUAUACCGUCCGAUGGCUCCUAUAAGCACAACACUUGGGUUACCAUCUGGAAUAGAAGAGGAAGGAAUGUUCUUAAAUCAGUCUAAGCAAGGCUGCAGCUCUUUGGUCCCCAAUUGCACAACUGUCUUUACAGUUGGCUCUUCUGUUUCGCCAAAUGUUGUCGAUGAUCUCCACAGGCUAGUAAGCUACCAACACGCUACAAUGAAUCAGCAGCAGCAUUACUAUAGUGAUCAUCAUCAUCAACAGCAACAACAAUCCGAGUUUUCUACGUUGCCUCCACAAUCACAGCAGCUUUCUCUCAACAUGCUGCCCAGCUCGCUUCCGAUGGCCUUCUCUGACCGGCUGUGGGAGUGGAAUCCAAUCCCCGAGGCAAAUAGGGAGUACAACAAUCCUUUCAAGUAGGCCCUGAACUGCAUAUAUCAUACAUAUAGAUAUACUCUAUGUUGCUCUACUGAUUUGUGUCUAGACGUCCUUAAUUUCUCUACUUUCAUUUUUACUAUCUCACUAGCUAGCAUUCAGAUAUAACUGAUAUCGAUCAACUAGUAUUUGUUUCUCUAGUAGUUUUUUUUUUUUCUGGGUUUUUAUGAGGUUGUUUGAUUCCUUCAGUAGUAAUUUCUUGCUGGGGUUUAGCUACAUAGGUCAGGGCACUGCAUCCUGGGGCUCCAAGUUAAAGAAGGAAUAAAUAUUGUCAUCAACUUAUUCAUAGUGUC